AUGGGAAUGCCUUCAGAUGAUGAGCUGGCCGGUCCAUCAACAACGGGGUUGCUGUCGAGCGAUAAGCCUGAGAAAGAUGGAGCACCAAGAUUUCGCAUUGCAUCGCGCGAUUUGGCCGCUGUUGAAAUACCAGCUGUUGUAGAGAAUAUUGACCGGGCUGUCAAAGCCUUUGGCAGAGUCCCAACUCUGGCACACCUCAUGGAUCCCUCAAGAAACUCCGUGCCCUUGUAUCUCAAUCCAGAAAGCCCCUUUUGCAGGCCCAUCAUGUCUCACAACGCCGCAUCUCACAACGUAGUUCUCAAGGUCACCGUGCCCAAGAGAACUGGCCGCAGACGGAAAAGGGGAAGUAGCGACCCGUGGCAGGGAGAUUUGGAUCUCACAGGUGCUUCCGGAGCAGAGAAUAAGGAAGAGGUGCAAUCGGUUGCGCGACUGGACGAGCCCAAGGUUCUAAGGAGAAAGCUUCAAGACAAUGCUGAAAGAUAUCAAGUUGAAGCGAUUGGCAUUAUCAAACAUACUCAUCGGUUUCGCGCUUUAGCCGACUUUUACUGGGAUAUGACACGAUCGGACUUUGCCCAGAGAUAUGCUGAACAAGUUUUACCAGGAGACGUUCAAAAGUUGAAGGCGUUCGCCUUUCGGAGCGGAACAGAUCAUCCCCCUGAUGUCGAUAUCAUUCCUCCACCCAUCUUCACACACAUGAGUUUGCCAUUCAACUACUUCUACUCGCAGAAUCCGUACGUUCGCGCGACGGAGGAUGGUGACACAAUCAACUUGACUGCCGUCAAGCAAGUGGGGUAUUUCAUUGGCGCAGAAGACCCAGCUCCAGACGGACCACAGUUGCCGCCAGAUAUGACGGAUCCCAGGAUGGUUGAGGUCAUGGCUCAACUAGAAGACGCCUUCCAACAUCGUCCUGUAUGGACUCGCCGGUCUUUGCUCAAUCACUUGAGGGGCAAGCUCCAAAGCUGGAACGAAUUGAAGAAAUUCCUCAACUACGCAGCAUAUCAAUUCAAAGGUGGCCCUUGGAGAGACAGUGUGGUUCCCUAUGGCACCGAUCCUCGGACGGAUCCCAAGUAUCGCAUCUAUCAGACGCUCAUGUUCAAGCUCAAGAGACACCGGCGCACAAUCAAGUACCAGCCCUGGCGGUUAGUCCGCAGGACACAGCUUGGCGAAACACAGAAUGUGUCCAGCAUUGAAGCAGACAGUCACAAGUUCGACGGAAAUUCAUAUCAAACGGAUGGCAAGGUAUGGCAGGUCUGCGACAUUACCGACCCUCUACUGAAAGAAUUGCUCGACAACGCGUCCGUACGCCCCGAGUGCGACAUCAUGAAUAGUGGGUGGUACCAUGGUGGACUGUGGGCAAAAGUCAAGGCAGUUAUGAAGACCAAACUGGUUGCUAUCAAGUUCGGCAGGCACCUUACGAAGGAAGACUUUUCACAGACAUUGAGCUUUGGUGAUUUGACUCCGACCCGGACCACAUCAAAUUCAUACCACCUUCCUCUGCCAAGUUUGAAUCUUUCAACAGAGGAGUUCACUGCCCUUCACGGGAGGGAGCCACCAAAGAAAAAGAGUACAGGGUACAAUGUUCGAUUCCGGCAAACUGGAACGAGCUCAAGUGUGGCUCCUGAAAAAUCGCCUGCCCCGUUCGUCGAUAGCAGUGUGGUCGACACGGACAGAAUGGAAUCUGAUGAAGAUUACGGCAGCGAACGAGACGACGAUGACGAUGACGAUGACGAUGAUGACGAUGGGUCGGAUGACGAGGAAUAUCCUGAUAUUAGAUACCCCAGUGCUGGAUAUUAUCACGGUGGCGAACAAUACGGGCAUCAGCAGUUUGGUGACGAGGAUACCGAAAUGGGCAUGGGUCGUAUGGCAUAUCCUGAGCUAGAUUAG